AUGAAUGAAAAAUCUGUCCAAUAUACGUCUUUUGUUACUCCUUUGGGAAAGUACGAGUACUUAAAAAUGCCGUUUGGUUUAACUAAUUCCCCACGAGUAUUUAAUCGAUUUAUUCAACUCAUUUUUCGAGAAUUAAUUAGCCGGGGGGAAUUAUUGGUAUACUUAGACGAUUUACUAAUAGCCCCAACAAAUUUUCCCCAACACAUAACAAUUUUAAAAGAAGUUUUCGUUUUAGCUGCCAAGUAUGGUCUACAAUUUCGGUUAGACAAAUGUUUUUUUGUUUAUUAUGAAAUUGAAUAUUUAGGUUACUUAAUUAAUGAACAUGGUGUACGACCGAGCUUGAAACACGUCGACGCCAUGCUAAACUACCCCGUACCGAAAAGUUCGAAACAAGUCCGACAAUUUCUCGGAUUGGCAAGUUAUUUCCGACGUUUCAUUUCAAAUUUUUCAAUAAUUGCAAAACCUUUAUACGAUCUUGUGAAAAAGAAUGUUGAUUUUUCGUUUGGUGAAAAAGAACAAGACGCGUUCGAGUACUUAAAUUCGGCACUAACGAAAACACCUGUAUUAGCUAUUUAUUCACCUACAGCCGAUACCGAAUUGCACUGUGACGCGAGCUCGACCGGUUUUGGUGCGAUACUUUUUCAAGGACAAGCUGUUGCCGAUAAUAAAAUGAAACCCGUGUUCUAUUUCAGUCAGCGUACGUCGCCUAAUGAGUCGAAAUUCCAUAGCUUUGAACUCGAAUGUCUAGUUGUCGUGUAUGCAAUUAAACGGUUCCACAUAUAUUUAUCAGGUAUAUCAUUUAAGGUAAUGACAGACUGUGAUAGUUUUAGACUGACGUUAAAUAAGAAAGAUAUUAAUCCACGCAUUUCUAGGUGGGCAUUAUUCCUACAAAAUUAUGACUUUGAAAUUUUUCAUCGAUCUAAUAAAAACAUGCAACAUGUUGAUGCUUUUAGUCGUUGUCACGCUAUAUUAAUUUUAGAAUCAAAUACUUUUGAGCAGGUGCUCGCAAUCAGACAAAAUACUAACGAAAAUAUUGUCAAAAUUAGAGAUAAAUUACAGAACGGUGAUGAUAAGUUAUACGAACUACGUAAUGGUUUAGUUUAUCGGAAAGAAAAUAAGCAUGUUAGGUUUUAUGUUCCGGAAUCUAUGGAAACAAAUGUUAUACGAUCGUGCCACGACGACAUGGCCCAUGUAGGAUUAUCGAAAGUAAUUGAAAACAUUUCACGUAUAUAUUGGUUCCCCGGUAUGAAGGCCAAAGUGCGACAUUAUAUCGAUAAUUGCUUGAAGUGUAUUGAAUUUUCAAUCCCCAGUGGUAAAAAGGAAGGUUUACUUUUUAACAUUCCAAAGGAGGACAAACCAUUCGUAACCAUACACAUCGAUCAUUUGGGUCCGUUAGAAAAAACAGGCUCCAGAAAUAAGUAUAUUUUUGUUGUCAUUGACGCAUUCUCAAAAUUCGUCCGCCUUUAUGUGUGUCGUACUACGAAAUCUGACGAAGUGAUUAAACACUUACGUGAUUAUUUUCGAACAUAUUCCAAACCACUUUGA